GUCACUCAUGCACCAACCUUUUCCCUAGAUACUGCGAGACAAAACGCAGCGUCGGCCAUUUUGUUAGAAAGAAGUGUGCUUCGCAGUCGAGAAGAUCCGAAAUUCGUAUGAAUUUCGGCACAAAACAGGCCAAUCAGUUGCAAGCCAGUGCGAAACCGUGUGAUUGGAACUCUUUUGACCGAUUUCAGCAUACCGAAUAGAAUGGAGGAUAAGGCUAUGCUAAAAGAUUUAGACCAAUGGAUCGAACAACUGAACGAGUGCAAACAAUUGACCGAAUCGCAAGUGAAAAUUCUGUGUGAUAAGGCGAAGGAAAUUCUAUCGAAGGAGUCGAACGUACAGGAGGUGAAAUGUCCGGUCACAGUAUGCGGAGACGUACACGGCCAGUUCCACGAUCUGAUGGAGCUGUUUCGGAUAGGCGGACGAUCACCGGACACUAACUAUCUGUUCAUGGGGGAUUACGUCGACCGUGGCUAUUAUUCGGUAGAGACCGUUACCUUGUUGGUGGCAUUGAAGGUCCGAUAUCGCGAAAGAAUUACGAUCCUUCGCGGCAAUCACGAGUCGCGACAAAUUACGCAAGUGUACGGUUUCUACGACGAGUGUCUGCGAAAGUACGGCAAUCCGAACGUAUGGAAGUUCUUUACGGAUUUGUUCGACUAUCUGCCGCUGACGGCCCUGGUCGAUGGACAGAUCUUCUGCCUGCACGGAGGGCUCAGCCCAUCGAUCGAUACGCUUGAUCACAUUCGAGCACUCGAUAGACUUCAGGAGGUGCCACACGAAGGUCCCAUGUGCGACCUGCUCUGGUCCGAUCCGGAUGACCGAGGCGGCUGGGGAAUUUCGCCCCGAGGCGCAGGUUACACAUUCGGACAGGACAUUUCGGAACUGUUCAAUCACACAAACGGGCUGACAUUAGUAUCGAGAGCACAUCAGUUAGUAAUGGAAGGAUACAAUUGGUGCCACGAUCGCAAUGUUGUCACAAUUUUCUCUGCCCCGAACUACUGCUACCGUUGUGGCAAUCAGGCAGCAUUGAUGGAACUGGACGAUGCACUCAAGUUUUCAUUCCUACAAUUUGAUCCAGCUCCACGCCGUGGCGAACCACAUGUGACCAGAAGAACGCCGGAUUAUUUCCUUUAAGAACAAUAUCCUUACUAUAUGAUGCUGAAAUAAUAGCACGAGUAAAAACAAAUUAAGCAGGUACACAAACAUUAAGCGAAACAGACAGGCCAACUAACGCUGCAUCAUACAAUAGAAGAAGAGAAGAGACAGAAAAAGGGAAAACGAAUGGCACUCACAGCAUGCUAUGUGUGUAUUACGGUGUGGAGAGAGGCGAAACAGCUGCAGCAGCAUCAGCAUCAGUGCAGGCUAGUGUAGUAGUGUCGUGAUGUCAUCAUUGUGUGCAACAGCAUUGACUCCCCCGAGCAAAAUGAGAUGAGGAUAUGUGUGUGUGCGUGUGUGCGUGUAAUAAUGCCGCCGUGAGUAUGGCGCUCGUACAACCAACCAACACAUCUAAGCAUAAUAAUUACAUCGUAAUCAAACAAUAAAGUGAAAGAGCUAUUAUUUAACGAACGAACAAGAAGGGAACAGCAGCCAGCCAUCGCAGCAAACAGUGACUAGCGACAUCCUUUGCCAAGCAAAAUCAUUUUGCACUCAAAAAAUCCGAUCAAGGAAGGAGUGAAUGGCUUUCGCCCGUUUGCUCACAUAUACACGGACUUUGAAAAGGAAGGACACACACACACCUAUAAUAUGCAGGCUAUGCUGCCUUCGGUAUGGAAAAGAAUACAAAACGCAAGGGAAGAAUGAACUUUGUUCGCGUAUUUCUGUGCUGCUGGUUGGUUGGGAUAUCGAUGGCGGCGCUUAUUUCUAUACUGUUGAGCUGUUGCGAAGAAGAAGACACACCACACAAGGCCGGGGGCUUUUCGCAUCUGGUCGGAAAAGGUGGUGGUCCCUUCUUUGUGCAGGUGAAGUGGCGAGAGGAAGACCGACCCGGUACACCCGGUUGGGCAAUGAUCAAUCAAUGAUAGGGAUUGCGGAGAGGGAGCAAGUUGUGAAGUUGAUGCAAGCUUGAAGCGGCGUUGCACUUCACCUGCAUGCAUCCAUUCGCCUGCAGCGGAAGAUUCGGAAAAGGACGAAACGGCGUAGUAGUUUGGAAACAAAAACCGGAUGAAAUUGUAAUACUACUCUACUACUACCACUUACUACUUAGACAGGAAAGGAAAGGAAGAAGAAGAACGAUGUGAGAAAGGUAUCCGUCUGUAUGUGUGCGAACGCGCACAUCGCCCUGGUGAGAGGGAAGUAGGCAAGAGCGCACCACAGAAAUAAGUGCACACUCUACAUAUACGAGAGAAGAGGUAUUGCAAUGGCUCCAACAAUGGGGAUAAGCACACGACGACAUACACACUCCCCCCGCCCUUCCCACCUCCCUUAAAAGCCUUUUCGUCGACGAUCGGUCAUUGUAUUUCAAAUAUCACACGUGCUUAUCAUUUUGCAUUAUUAGGUUGCGACUUGGCAGUAAUAGGGGACGGCCAUACAGAAGGGCUUUAGUUUACCGUAUUCUACACGCGCGUGCGAUAGAGAGAGCGAGAGCGAGAGAGCGAGGGAUGGAUGGGGAAGGAUUUUACGGCUAAGGGAAAUAAUAAGUUCUAUUUAUGACCGCGGAUACAGGAACGUAGGGUCCCUCUCGCCGUAUUGUUUCGCUGCAUGAUCCAUACAACAAAACCGAUUGGUUUAAUAAAAACAUAUGCAAGCAUUUGUGUCAGCAAAA